AUGGCGUACGUGGCACCGGUUCACAACGCAACCAGCAUUCGACAUGCUGUGCGGUGCAACUUUCUGUCGCCAGAUCACGAAGAUCUCGCCGUCGCAAAAGCGAAUCGACUCGAAAUUUGGCGUCUGACAGAAGAUGGCAUGACAUGUCUUCAUACGAAACUCAUCUACGGAACUAUCUCCAUGCUCCAACGAUUAAAGCCAAAAGAGUCGGACAGAGACGUCCUCUUUAUCGGAACGGAUCGAAUGCAAUACUUUAAUGUCAUGUGGAAUGCGGAGACGAAUCAAAUGGAAGCUGUGAAAGAGACGAUACAGGAUGUCAGCGAGCCGUACAUGCGGCAAUCACAGAGCCAGAACAAGUGUCUGGUCGAUCCGACUGGCAAAUACAUUGCCAUGCAUCUCUGGGAGGGCGUGCUCAACGUAUUCUGCAUCCCUGGCGCAGGCCGCCGUACAGAUCCCGUUAAGCUCGAGGUACUGGACCAGGUCCGUCUCACAGAGCUGUGGAUGAGUGCAAGCACCUUCAUCCACAGCCGGACUGGCCACCCACGCAUCGCAUUUUUGUAUAAGACGCAGUUGAACCAAGAGGAGGCUCGAAUCGCCAUAUACAGGCUUACAAAAGAUGAUAAAGGCUCUGAGGUUUCCAGAUUCGACCCUCAUAAGGACAGGGAGCUGGAUCAGGUUCUGCAAGACCCGUACUCGUCAAUGCUGAUCCCGGUUCCGAUCCACGAGGAAAAGCGAUAUCAUGUUCGAAAUGCAGAGAGCGUUUCUGCUCAUCUAGGAGGUCUCCUGGUUGUUGGAGAAACGCUAUUGACCUAUUUUGAUAGUUUGACUUACUCAAGCGUAUGCUCGGCGCUCAAGGACCCAAAGAUCUUUGUGGCAUGGGCGGAAUACGACGGCACCCAUUUCUUCCUUGCUGACGACUACGGAAGGCUAGACCUCCUUACGAUUGAAACGGAUAGCGACUCAAAUGGUAUAGUGACAGGCAUGAAAGUAGAGGCUAUGAACUUUCCAAAUGGUGAGGGCCUCACUUCCAGAGCCUCUACUCUGGUGUACAUGGGCGACGACAUGCUGUUUCUAGCGUCAAAUCACGGUGACUCGCAGCUCCUGCGUGUUGAUAUCGAGUCUGCGAGCAUGAUGGUAGUCAAGUCAUUUUCCAACAAUGGCCCGAUUGUUGACUUUGCCAUUAUGGAUAUGGGAAACCGUGAGGGUGAUGUCCAGCUUGGCAACGCCUUUUCAUCAGGACAAGCACGGAUCGUGGCUGGCUGCGGCGCAUCCCGAGACGGAUCCCUCAGAAGCAUUCGAAGCGGUGUUGGACUGGAGGACAAGGGUAUGUUGGACGAGAUUACAAACGCCAGGGGGCUUUUCUCUAUAAAAUCCCCUGGCGCUGAACGAGUCGACGCCCUUGUUGUGUCAUUUAUCGGAGAGACAAGAGUCUUCAGUUUCGAUUCGGAUGGCGGCAUUGAAGAAGUGUAUGACUUUUGUGGACUUAAACUCGACACAGAGACCCUGCUGGCAGCCAACACACGGUCCGGACACCUCUUGCAAAUCACAUCGACAACAGUUGCGCUCAUCGAUCCUGAAAGCGGCGUCGUAUCUUCUGAAUGGAAUUCCCCAGAGGGAAAAACAAUUACUAACGCGUCGGCGAAUGACAAAUGGGCAUUUGUGGCUGUGGACGGCUCAGCCAUAGUAUCGUUAGACCUGAGCAAGGACCUGAGGGCUGUCACACAAGAUGCUGAACAGGCCGGACAAGCCGAUCAAAUAGCCAGUAUCCAUGUCUCACCAGCCCUGCAGGAUCUCGGCGUCAUUGGUUGGUGGUCAGCCGGUACCAUUUCCAUUGUCGACAUGGCCACCCUCAGCCCUGUCCAUGGUGAAGCUCUCCGAACAACAGAGGAUAGCGCGUCAGUGCCGCGAGAUCUAGCACUUGUUCAGAUGCACAAACAGGGUACGGCUGGGCCAACUCUUCUAGUUGCUCUGGAAGAUGGCAACGUUAUCACUUUCAAUGUUUCGCUGGAUCCUUUCGCCCUGGGCGGGAGAAAGACUGUUACCCUGGGAAGCAACCCAGCUAGACUUCACGUUCUACCUACACAAGACGGCACCAACAGUGUCUUUGCAACCACUGAGCACUCAAGUCUCAUCUAUGGAUCGGAGGGCCGCAUCAUAUACUCAGCAACAACCGCGGAUGAUGCAACAUUUGUCGUGCCGUUUGAUUCAGAGGCAUUCCCGGGCUCUAUCAUUCUGGCAACAGACGACCAUCUUAUGCUUGGCGAGGUCGAUAAGGAGCGUCUGACCCACGUCAAGACUCUGCCGAUGUAUGAGACUGUGCGUCGUGUGGCAUACUCACCUGGACUAAAGGCGUUUGGACUCGGCUGUAUCAAGAAGGAGCUUAUUAGCAACGAAGAAGUGAUUACGAGCUCCUUUAGGCUGGUGGAUGAAAUCAUCUUCCAAGAUUUAGGCUCGCCGUUUGUGCUAGAUGCGUCAACUUCCUUGGAGCUGGUCGAGUGUGCCAUUCGAGCCGAAUUACCAGAUAGCACGGGCGGCAUGGCGGAACGCUUCAUUGUCGGCACCAGCUUUAUCGAGGACGACUCCGAGGGUGAGCACGAGCAGACGAAGGGCCGAAUCCUGGUGCUUGGAGUCGACAGCGACCGUCGCGUAUAUCAAAUUGUGUCACAUAACCUCAAAGGAGCAUGCCGCUGCUUGAGCACAAUGGGAGAAUACAUCGUGGCUGGCCUAUCAAAGACUGUCGUUGUAUACAACUACAUUGAAGAGACUACUACGUCGGGAUCGCUAGAGAAGCUGGCUGCUUAUCGACCAUCGACUUUCCCAGUGGACUUGGAUGUGGCAGGCAACAUCAUUGGUGUCGUGGACCUGAUGCAGUCUCUCACAUUGGUUGAGUUCAUGCCCCCAGUAGAAGGCGGAAACGCCAAGCUGGUUGAGCAGGCGAGACACUACCAGCCUGCGUGGGCCACCACUGUUUGUCAUUUAGAUAAUGAUAGAUGGCUUGAAGCAGAUGCACAAGGUAACUUGAUUAUUCUGCAGCGCAACCCCGACGCGCCUACUGAACAGGACCGAUCCCGGUUGGAGAUUACGAGCGAGCUGAACCUGGGCGAACAAAUCAACCGCGUCCGAAGGCUAAAUGUGGCGACCACCGACAGUACUGUCGUAUCGCCACGAGCAUUCCUCGCUUCUACCGAAGGAACGGUAUACUUGUAUGGAGACAUUGCGCCGAAGUAUCAGGACCUGUUGAUGAACUUUCAGCAGCGUCUACAAGAACACGUUAAGCCUCUGGGUGAUGUUAGCUUUAACCACUGGCGAGCGUUUAGGAACCAGUCUCGCGAGGGCGAGGCACCUUUCAGAUUCAUUGACGGCGAAAUGGUAGAACGGUUCUUGGACUUGGACGAGGCGAAGCAGGAGUUGGUUUGUGACGGGCUAGGGCCGACAGUGGAAGACAUGCGUAAUAUUAUAGAGGAGCUGCGUAGACUGCACUAA